UAUGUUUCUAACGUACUGGUCGUGGCCUUAUGCGUGCACCCAAGAACAUUUUGGAGUAAAAUAGCGAGGAAAGGAAACAACACUUAAAAGUAUGCUACACAACCAAAGGAUAAAAAAACUUUGCUUUCGGGGCAACGAGGCACUUAACUUGCCUUUCCAUAACUCAAAGCAAGCAUUCCCUAUGCCCAUAAAAGCACCAAACUUCUCUAAUUAUUACACAGCUUCUUAGCUUCUAGGAUUGAGAAGUUAACUACUGAUCAUGGCUAGCAGAAAAAUUGCUCUCCAAGUUUUCACCCUUUUAUCCAUCAUAUCAUCUGUUGCAAAUUCAAUUGAUUUCAAUUACCCUGCAGUGUUCAAUUUUGGUGAUUCAAACUCUGACACAGGUGACCUUGCUGCUGGUCUAGGCUUCCUCCUUGAUCCACCUAAUGGACAAAUUUACUUCAAAACUGCCACAGGAAGGUUCUGUGAUGGCCGUCUCAUUGUUGAUUUUCUAAUGGAUGCAAUGGAGCUGCCCUUCCUAAAUGCAUAUUUGGAGUCAGUUGGGGUGCCGAAUUUUCGUAAAGGAUGCAACUUUGCAGCUGCAGGAUCAACUAUACUUCCAGCAACUGCAACAUCUGUGAGCCCAUUUUCCUUCGGAGUUCAAGUGAAUCAGUUUCUACGAUUCAAAGCUCGAGUUCUCGAAUUGCUAGCCAAAGGUAAGAGAUUUGAUAGAUACGUACCAGCAGAAGACUAUUUUCAGAAGGGUCUAUACAUGUUUGAUAUUGGCCAGAAUGAUCUUGCCGGUGCAUUUUACUCGAAAACACUUGAUCAAAUUGUUGCUUCAAUCCCAAACAUCUUGGUCGAAUUCGAAACCGGGAUCAAGAAACUAUAUGACCAAGGAGGUAGGAAUUUUUGGAUCCACAACACGGGUCCUCUUGGUUGCUUGACUCAGAACGUUGCAAAGUUCGGAACUGAUCCAUCAAAGCUUGAUGAGCUGGGAUGUGUAAGUGGGCAUAAUCAAGCAGCUAAGCUUUUAAAUCUUCAGCUUCAUGCUCUCACUAAAAAGCUGCAAGGCCAAUACGCUGAUUCAAAUAUCACAUAUGUUGAUAUCUACACAAUAAAAUCCAACCUCAUUGCUAAUUAUUCCCGAUACGGAUUUGAGCAACCCAUAAUGGCAUGCUGUGGAUAUGGAGGACCACCACUAAACUAUGACAGCAGGAUUUCUUGUGGGCAAACAAAAGUUUUGAAUGGGACCAGUGUCACAGCCAAAGCAUGCAGUGAUAGUACUGAGUAUGUGAAUUGGGAUGGAAUUCAUUAUUCAGAGGCAGCUAAUCAGUAUAUUUCAUCACAAAUACUCACUGGAAAAUUUUCGGAUCCGCCAUUCUCUGAUAGAAUGCCUUUCCUUCUCAAUCUCAAGUUCUGAGGAGCUAAUUUGCUGACUGUGCUGUAAUUAUUCUAUUCGUUCUUAUUUCAUUUGUUUACAGCUGAAGAUUAAAUGCAAGCACUAAUAUUAUUAAUAA